CUCACUUUUGUUCUUUCACUUCCAAACAACAAUAAGACCUGAAGUUUAUAUUAUAGCCGUCUAGACCUCACGCUUCAGCUGGUAGAUCAAGAGAGCCCUCGCAGACCCGGACAGCACGUAGCCUCUCAACACUCGAUCACGAUAUCCGCAAUGGCAGGCACCGCGCAGCCUGAGCAGGCCAGAAAGCGCGCCCGUUCGCCCUCGAGAUCUCCAUCGCGAUCACCGCCCCGGCAGCGCAAGCGACCCGGUGUUGGUUCGCGUGUUACGGCCGCCGACCGGGAAGCUGCCCGCCAACGUCAGCUUCAGAGAGAGCACGAAGCCGAAAAGAAAGCACAACAGGAAGCAGCCUCAAGAGGCGUGCACGAUGUGGUCAAACAGCAUUACAACAUGGUUCCUGAGCGAGGCCGAGAGUGGAGAGUCACAGACAGUAAGAUCAAGGGACUGCGGAGCUUCAACAACUGGGUCAAGUCAUCGACAAUCCAGAAGUUCAUCGGCGACGAACGAAAUCUCAAGGUUAUGGAUAUUGGGUGCGGCAAAGGCGGCGACUUGCAGAAGUGGCAGGCGUCGAGGAAACUUGCGCUGUACGUUGGUGCGGAUCCCGCAGACGUCUCGAUCAAGCAAGCGAGGGAGCGCUACGAGCAGAUGCGCAAGAGGUCAAAGGGCCGCGUCUUCCACGCCGAAUUCUUCACCAAAGACUGUUUCGGUGAGCGGCUAGAUGAGAUACCUAUUGUGAAGGAUGUCGGCUUUGAUCCCGGGGUUGGGCCAGGAAACGCAAUGAGCCAGCGAUGGGGCGGCGGCGGAUUCGACAUUGUCACCAUGAUGUUCUGCAUGCACUAUGCAUUUGAGAACGAAGAGAAGGCGCGGGGCAUGUUGCGGAACGUAUCCGGAGCGUUGAAGAGGGGCGGCCGGUUCAUCGGAUGCAUCCCCAAUUCGGACGUCCUGUCGGCAAAGGUCAUCGAGCAUCACAAGGCCGCGGGCACUGCCGUCAGCAAUACGAACGGAGUAGCGGAGGAGGAAGAUGAUCGGCCCACCUUCGCGAGCGACGAUGAAGAUGACUGGGAUCCGGAGAAAAGCUUGGACAGUCCCAAGCCUAAGGAGCCUGAGGCGGAUGGAGAGAAACGGGAAGGCCAGGAGAAGGGGAAAGAGAAGGAGGACGAAGCGAAGGAAGACGGACAGGUCGAGGACGAAGGCUUCGAAUGGGGUAAUACUAUCUACAGGGUUAAGUUCCCUGGGAAGACGCCCGCCGAUGGCACAUUCCGGCCACCGUUUGGCUGGAAGUACUUCUACUUCCUCGAAGAAGCCGUCGAAGAAGUCCCCGAAUACGUCGUUCCGUGGGAAGCAUUCCGUGCUCUUGCGGAAGACUACAACCUCGAACUGCAGUAUCGGAAACCGUUCAGGGAGGUCUGGGACGAGCAAAAGGACGAUCCCGAGCUAGGGCCGCUCAGCGAGAGGAUGGGUGUACGAGAUCGCGCAACCGGACGGCUACUCACUAGGGAGGAGGAACUGGAUGCGGCCGACUUCUACCACACGUUUUGCUUCUAUAAGGUCUAGCAUCUACAUGAUUUGGGUUCUGGCGUCUUAUAUACCGGAUGUGGGGCCUCUGGCUAGAUGGGCCCUCCAAAAGUGGAAAUAUCCCCCAUGCAUCGAUAUCUAGCCUUGCAGAGGCUCAGGGAACGCGCAAUGGUAGCUGAGACAUCUCAUGAUAUGUGAUAUUCAGCUUCAACAAAUGCAUUCUGUCCUUUCACAUAUUUAGCACAACCGGCCUGUGAAUCUCGUGACGCGCAUUGUCCAUUGUCGCCUUUGCCGAGGUCGUCGCGC